UGAUUUUCCAUCAUUGACCAGUGGUUUCCCAUCACCAUGCGCAAUCUUGAUUCCAGGGCAUCUUGUAUCGUUUCUGACAUCGGGACGACGAUACCAUGUUUGCCUCGCCGUCUCGAUAUAUAAAAGACGUUUUGCCCGCAAAAGUUUUUGCCCCUAAAGUACAUUGCCACAACAGAAUAAGACUAAAAUGUAAUCAAUAAAACGGAUAGAAUAUUCAAUUCAAUGCAAAUAACGGAGUUUUUUUCGGACAGAACAACCUCGAUUGCAAGAACUGUAGCGGUUUUGCCAUGAGGAUGAUGCCCUGGGAUCGAGGUUGUAGGAAGAAAAUUAAAUUAUUUCCGAAAUUACAAGCGUUACCCCUGGGUAAUUGCAAGGAGUACACACUGCAGGCUUAUUUGAUCAUUGUGACGAUAUAUCUGUUAUGCAAUUACCACAAACUCUAAUUCAGUACGCAGAACUGGCAUGUUUAGUUAACCUUAUCCCCAGGGCAUUUUGUACCUUUCUGACACUUGCACGGGCAUACAAACAUGUUUGCAUGAAAAUUUUCGCAACUACAGCUGAAACAUUGCCGUUUGCGUAACAUUAGUGAGACAAUGCUGUUAUAUGUCUAAUCAUUUCACACAGUGGAUACAAGGCUAACGUAUCCAACUUUCUAACCCUUACAACGUUAACAUUCAUCCAUAAUUUCAGUUGUCCGGGAAAGAAGUCAGUAAGAAACUUAUCUCGGAAUUCCGAAAAGCCUUAUCCUCCAAAAGACCCAUUUUUCCCUUUAAAAGUUUCCAAAGUAUUGUAUUGACAUCCUCGUCCCCAGGAUUUGUUGCUUGAUGUCAAAACCACUCCCCCGACCCUCGAUAUCAAAAAGGAAAUAAAACCUGAGUAUGGAGUUGAUUUUUACACCCUAAUGUUAAUUCAAUGGAGCCUGUACACGGCUGCAUUAGAAUUAAUAUUAAUUAAAAUAUAUAAUAGUUGUUCUAUUUUCCCAAUCGCAAAAGUUUGUACUGUUAAACAACCUAGUUCCCAAGAUGGGAACCUGUGAAAGAGAUCGACUGUUAAAAGUAUUAAAUACGCUAGAUAAGUUGAUCGCUUACGCAUGCGCUAAAUGUAAUGAGAACAUAAAGUGUACACCAGGUGAUAAUCAGUGUCACAGUUGUUGUCAUAUUUCAUAAGUAGACACAAAAACGUGUCAUGUUACUGCCAUCAUGAAAAGUUUAACACAAUCUGUUUAUGUUUCCAUCCAAGGCGAUUUAAAACAGAAUAUUUCUGUUGAGAUAAAAUUGCUCGCUGUCGUUUUUGCUACGGUGAUCGACAGUAAAGAAAGAAAAGAACACCACAUAAAACAACAACAGCAAAAACAGUUUGAAAGCGUAGAUGACAUGAGCUUGUCCUUGAAUGAUUUUUAGAAAGAAUGGCUUCGAAGUGUUUUAUAUUGCUCCCAUUGUUUUCUGCGAUUCUACAGUUCCUUACCACUUUAUCUAGCUAUGUCAUUGGAACACAAAUCAAAGAAAAUGUGCAUUAUCUCCCCUAUCCAAGUGAUUUGGGUGUGGAGAAUCCUGAGAGAGGAAUAUUCAGUGUCGGUUUGUGUGUAAGCACAGGGCUAACGUUUUCCGUGUUAUUAUUUCGUUGUAUGCAGGUUCAUUCGUUCUAUCCAAGAGUUUGUGGAAGAAUUAACGUGUUGUCUUUUGCUUGUGGUGUUGGCAUGAUUAUAGGACAGAGUAUAGUACCAGCGUUCUCAUUAGACGAAAACAAGUUCGUCCAUUACGCAGGAGCCGUCUUGUAUUUUAUUUCUGGUUGGUUAUACAUGGUCACACAAGCCCACAUCUCUCGCAGAUAUCCGUAUAAUCAUACGCAGUAUAUCAUAACACUUAGAGUAGUGUUUGCUAUUAUUGGGAGCGUGUGUCCAGUCACAUACAUUGUUGCGCGAAUAUUUGCACCUAAAGAAAGACAUAGAUAUUUUAUACCGCAAGUAUCUGAAUGGCUUUUAGCUGUGUUGUUUCUUGUUUUUAUCAGCACAUUCGCCUGGGAUUUUAGCAAGGCUCGUGUACGUUUAAACAGUUAUGAGAUCGGCCCACGUAGUCGCAAAAUGAGCGAAAGUUUAUUUGCUCGCAAGGACUGUGAAUCGAACAUGUAAUUUAUAAGCUAAACACAGUGACUUAAUUUAUGGAUAUUUUUCCUUAGCAUCCGUUGUAAUAAUCUAUAUUUUUUCUUAGCAUCGGAUGUAAUAAUCUAUCGUAAACCUAGAUUAGAUUUUUGUUUUUAUUUAAUUAGAGUAACUCACUCUUUAAGAAAUAAUAAAGACAUGUGAAUCCUUGUAACAUGACACUUGAAGUUUUUAUAUUUUCCUGAUGACAAUAUCCAAGACUCUACAUGCAACAGCUACAUUGUAGAGAUACUGGAACCAAGGUUGUAUGAUUUUAAAGUAAAUAAACCGGAACUAACUUAAUGUAUAUAACAUUUUAGGUAAUUUUCUACAGAGAUA